UCCAACCAACCCUAAAAAAGAUUUGUCUUCUCUUCUCUCCACCCAUCGCUCGCUCGCUCGUUCCAAGAAAGAAACAAUGAUUAGCAAGUCGCUGCAAGUCCUUUUAAACAUGCUCGACAGCACGGUGGAAGAACCCAAUGCUCUGUCUUGCCCAAGUGAUACUUUACCUCCCCUUAUGUCAAAUCUCAAGAUAGAGAAGGAAACGGACGAAGCUCCUGGACGGCAGCGGGAGGAGGAGGAGGAGGGAGAGCAGGAUUCGAGCGAGUAUCCCGAUUAUUUUCUUGGUUUAAGUCGUGACAUCUUUGAAAGGUCAGUGAAGAAACAUUGCGACACGGACGAGGAACGCCAUAGGGCUAUGAAGUCCAUCUCCAGAUUUUGUGCACUUGUUGAAUCGGGUGCUCCUCGUACUAUUGAAGAAUUCGAGGCAUCCAUCCCCGACAAUCCUAAAGACUGGACACAAGAGAUGUGGGAGUAUAUGUACCAAAAGGAACAGGAGAGUAUGAGGAAAUUCACAGAGCAGCAGUUGGCUUUGCAGAAGCAGAAGCGGAUACAGAAGCGAUUGGACAAAAAAUUUCAUAGAAGACGGAAAAUUGUUAAGAAGACAAGUAAAAGAGAGAAAGAGAGCUCAAGUGGCUUGGCUUGAAUAUGUCUAGAAUUUUUCAUGUUCUGAAUAAAUUAAUUAAUCAAUGCCGACUCGUAAGAAGGAAUUGGUUUCCCAUUCCAUAUAUUCUAGAUAU